UCAAAUGGGACAGACCUUCGUUUGUUUGCGCCUCCUCAGCCCGGCACGCCGUCCAGGGUGCCCGGCUAUAAAUGAAUGACGGAUGUGUUGGAUCACAUACUAACCGGAUACUAAAAAACUACAGCUAACACACCAAGCACAAGAGACAGGACUGCAGGUCUCAGGACUACAAUGAACAUUCAGUCUGCCAUCAACAAAGAGCUGUUCAUCCCUCAUAAUGAGCGGAUGCUGGUGGCGGUGGAGGUGGAGAGGAGGAAGAGGAAGAGGCUGUCGUUCCUGCCCACUGCAUCCAAAGGACGGUACACCACAUUCAUCUGCCUGUCAGUGACCAACACAAAGCCUCAUCAGCUCCACAUUACAAAGGUCAAACAGUUCGACGGUUCCCCAUCCUUCACCAGACGGUCCCAGUGGACGGUGGAGCAGCUCCGACAGGUCAACGGCAUCAACCCCAACAAGGACAGUCCGGAGUUUGACCUGGUGUUCGACAACACUGUGGACCAGUGGGUUGCCAGUUCUGCAGCAGAGAAGUGCAUCUUUGUCCAGAUCUUGUACCAUGCCUGUCAGACCCACUGGGAGGGGACGACAGGUGUUAAAGCAGGUAAAGUGGGCAGGAAGGGCAGAGGUCCCCACACAGCCCAGGAUACUGUGGGCCCCAGUCAACCCACAUCCAGCCAAAGAUCCAGAGCCCUGCAGACCCGACGGAAGAGCUACGUCCCCCCCAGACAGACGGAGUUCAUCAACUGUCAGUCCAAGCUGACCGGAGACGCUGGGGUCUUGAAUCUGGCCAUCUACCGCUGCAAAGCCUUCCUGAACCGGAUGAAGAACAUGAUGGUUCCAAACAGAACUCGUUCCCAGGGUCGAGGUCAGCCGGGGCAGCGUCUGUCAGGGAACACGGUGGCCAACGUGGUCCAGAGGAUGAACGUGGCUCUGGGGGAACGAGGGGACAGACUGACCCGAGCUGAGGACAAGACAGUGGAGCUGAUGCACAAAGCCCAGCAGUUCGCAGACAACGCCCACAAGCUGGCUCUGAAGUACGCAAAGUAGAGGAUGGAGGGGGUCAGUGGAGCCAGCAGAGGGUCCGCACUGUAACCAGGACACUAACACUGAGGGGACCAGAGCCCUGCUGACCAGGACCCCCUGUGGAUCUGAGGGUCUGUGGGUCUAAGGGUCUAAGGGUCUGUGGGUCUAAGGGUCUAUGGGUGG